CUCGCCAUUUUUCCUCUUUUCUCGACGACGUGUCCAGCAUGAUGAUCUAAAAGAUCAUUAGCUAAUCUUCGUCUCAGCAUUCAGAAAUCAAGUGGGGAAAAUGUCCGUGAGACCGGAGGAACUUUGUGGAGUGAAAGAGGAGACCCGACGUCACCGACACUGGACUGAGUGCAAAUUGAUGCACGCUAAGGUUGUUCUUCACAGACUCGAAGAUCUAAAUGUCUGCCAAGCCCAUUAUCCUGAGCACCCGGAGUCUGCACGCAUCAAGGACGAGGAGGAAGAGUCGCCAUCCAUUAAGGAUGAGGAAGAGUUCGUCUCCAUUAAAGGUUUGAGAAGAUAUCUUGUUGCUGAGCGGCACGAGCCAGAAUCUCCUGGCAUUAAAGAGGAUGUUGAGCUCCCCCAAAUCAAAGAGGAGGAGGAGCCAGAGCCCUGUCAACAGAAGCAACUUCCAAUCAAAAAGGAAGAGGAAGAGCUGCCAUGUGUUAAAGAGGAGGAAGAGGAGGAGCAUAUCGCUAGGUCAAAUGGUGAGCCCUUGAAGAGUGAAGAUGGUCCGAAUGAGGCCCGCAGAGGGGCGGAGCCUCCAAGCGGCUGCAGCAGCAGCUCAACAGGAUUGCAGGCAGACAUUUCCAUCGCUCCAUCAAACAGAAGUGGCACCACAUCACACUCACCUUACAAUGAUGAUGGUCAUAAGAAAUCUCGCAGUGACGACAAACUCUGCAAUUGUUCUCAGUGUGGGAAAACCUUUCCUACCAAGCAAACUUGUCAUGCGCAUAUGAGGAGGCACACUGUCGAAAAGCCUUUUUCCUGCUCAGUUUGUGGUCAAAGAUUCUGUCACAAGAGCAAAUUAAAACGACACAUAAAAACCCACACUGGCGAAAAACCUUUUUCCUGCUCAGUUUGUGGACAAGGAUUUAGUUGCAAGAGCACCUUAAAACGACACACAAGAAACCACACUGGCGAAAAACCUUUUUCCUGCUCAGUUUGUGGUCAGAGAUUCAGUCGCAAGAGCAACUUAAAAAGACACACAAGAACCCACACUGGCGAAAAACCUUUUUCCUGCUCAGUUUGUGGUCAAAUAUUCAGUCAGAAGAGCAACUUAAAACGACACACAAGAACCCACACUGGCGAAAACCCUUUUUCCUGCUCAGUUUGUGGAAAAGGAUUUAGUUGCGAGACCACCUUAAAACGACACACAAGAACCCACACUGGCGAAAAACCUUUUUCCUGCUCAGUUUGUGGUCAAACAUUCAGUCGCAAGAGCAGCUUAAAACAACACAUAAGAACCCACACUGGUGAUAAACCUUUUUCCUGCUCAGUUUGUGGUCAAAGAUUCAGUCACAAGAGCAACUUAAAACAACACAUAAGAACCCACACUGGCGAAAAACCUUUUUCUUGCUCAGUUUGUGAUCAAAGAUUCAGUCACAAGAGCACCUUAAAAAAACACACAAGAACCCACACUGGCGAAAAACCUUUUUCCUGCUCAGUUUGUGGUCAAAGAUUUGCUCAAAUGCAAUACUUAAAAGAACACACAAGAACUCACACUGGCGAAAAACCUUUUUCCUGCUCGGUUUGUGGUCAAAGAUUCGCUUGGAAGGAUCAGAUGAAGAGACACGUGUGUGUUGCUGUGAGAAGCAGUGGCCAAUGACUGUUUUGCCUGUAAUCCAUGCUGGCCUAAUCAACUUUUGCACGCAAGUUAGGUUAGGGUUGGAGGUUACAUUCAUAUUCGUGGUACACGUUAUUUUUGUGAUUGCAUUUUUGUUUGGACUUUGCCAUUUUGUGUUUUACCUUUUCUGGCCAUCAACGUCUUUCCCUUGGUUCUCUCGCCGACUGGCAUUGCUUAUAUCAUAAUCUCCCAUUUAAACUACUCUUUUCACAUUUAAUAUUUGAAAAUGCCGUCCCCAAAUUCCAAAAAUUGAAAAUCAUUCAUAAAUAUUGUCAUUAAAUAAAUAUGGACAUUUAGAAUACAUUGUUCAAUAUUGCAAAAAUAAUUAUUAAAAAAAAAUACUGGCUCACAAAUGAGUUUUUUGUGUGGGGGUUAAUGUGAAUAUAUAUAUUUUUUCAAUGUAAUGUAAAUAUAUAUAUAUUUUUCCAAUUACUAUAACUACUCGUGAUUGACAGAGUAUGAGGGCCAAAAAAAGAAAAAUGAAGAACAAGAAAAAAGGACUAUGACAGUAAAGUCGUGUUCUUACAAUAAAAACUGUUUUUUUUUUCCUUGUAGCAAGUCAAGUUUUGGUAUAUCAUUUUUGUUAAAAAUAAAAAUCUAAAUAAAUAAAACACGGAAUCAUUUCUGUGUUUAACUU